AUUAAUCGGUAUUUAUUAUCUCUUCUUAAUCUUCAGUGAAAGUUCGAAAGUCCAGUUACAGCAGUCAAAAGACAAUCCAAUUGUUUAUGACAAUUACAAAGUAAUGAAUAUACAGUAUUUCAACGAACAUAGAAGUUUUUUUAAUGUAUAUUAUUACUGCACAAUUAUUGGUAAUGAAAGAACAUGGUGAUGAUUCUGUUACAGUAAUAAUGUAGUUGUAAAAUUUUGCUUAUUUUUAUGCAGGUGUCAUCACUCGUGUCUAGCUUAGAGCAAAUGAUAGAAAAAGGAGAAUUGACAGAAAAUGAAGUACAUCAAGUGAAUGAAAUUGAAAGAAUAAUGUCAGAAAAAGGAGAUCAAGUUAGCAAAGGCCAUCUUCAGUUGCUAGGUUUGUGAAAUGUUCUCUGUUGACAUGUCUUAGCAAAUAGACCUUUCUUAAGACUGCUAUACACUAUCAAAGUUUCUGUGAUCGCAGUAGGAAUUUGCAUAUGUACAGUAAAUUCUAUGUUUUGAAGAAUUUCUGAGAAAUGUUUGAGGGAACUAACUCAUUAUUAAACACUGAGUGACUGAGUACAGUACAUGCGCACAGUAUGUCAUGUAGUUGACUUCAGGGGGCUCCUAUAGAAGCCCACCUCCCCGAGCAUUUCCCGCAAAAUGUAUUUGGUUUAAUUAAUGUAUUUUUGUUGACUACUUGAGCUUGAUAGCAGCAUAACAUUAUUUUGCCAUGAAAUUUGUGGUUAAUGGCUGCUAAUAGAUGGAGACAGGGCAGGAAGUACCGGGGGGUGGUGUAAAUUUUUUUACAGGAGGGGGCCACAAAAGGAAGGGGGCCCAUUUUGUUAAUUCACCCCCCCCCUCCCCCCAACUAGAUAUCGCUCGGCACAUCCCUGGGAUGGAGGGAAACAAUUAGAUUUAAAUAUGGAUAAUUUGUUUCUUGAUGAUAUAUAGAAACUCUUCUGGAAAGAUAUGAACACUCGGCAGAGGACCUUGUGCUCACCAAUAUUGUCCAAACUCUUGGUCUGGUGGUACUAUGUGAUAACAUUAUCCUAAUGGUCUGCCAAGAUCCAGGUAUGUAUGGUAGUUCCUUUUCUGUUUGAACAUUUAUAUUACUGCAGAAAUAACAUUCAAACAUUGUCCAUCCAAAAUCACAUUUGAUCCGAAACUUAUAAUUUGUACGGAUAUUUGUAAUAUCCAUAAGUAAUACUUGGAAGUAUAUUGUUACAUUAAAAUGGUUUUAAUCCUAACAAUUUGUAUUAUUUGUGCGGUGAGCGGAGAUACAGUAGCUUGCAUUAAAACUUAUUUUAAAAAAAAUAAUUACAUGAUAUUUUUUGUCAAGACAAAACGGCCGACAAAUCUUGCAUUUCAUAGGAAAAACUGUAAUUUGGUCGGGUGUCCAACUGUUAUUUUAACCUCUAUUCUGGGGGCUAUAAGUUGGCAAUAAAUAAAUAAAUAAAUAGGAAGGUGGUUAGGUAAACAUGCAAGCUGGCACACAGAACUCAUUUUUAAAAAUUGCCAGUGUAGUUGAUUGAUCUUAAUUCUCUCUACUUUCUAUUCUAGUUUCAAAGCCAGUGUUUAAGUUGGCCCGUGAAUUCCCACGACUGAAUUCUCCAGAAGUUCAGUGUGCUGUGGUUGAGCUGGUAUGUUAAUGUUCUGUAAUGCAAACUAGUGGUACUAUACCUUAUGCAUAAUGACGUCACAAGGCUUGAUGAUUGUGAGGAAUGCUGGUCUUAGUAGUCAUCGCCCAGGUAAAUUUAGAUAGUCACCAUUUUGAAUUGUUUACUUUUCCCGGGCAAUGACUACUAAGACAUCAAGCCUUGUGAUGUCAUUAUGCAUAAGGCGGGCAUCAAGCCUUGUGAUGUCAUUAUGCAUAAGGUCUAUUGGCCUCGUAACAUCAUAUUCCUGCAUGACAUCAUAUACUCACAUGUCAUAUUCCUGCAUGAUCUGUUUACUAUUCUCCAUUUAGUUCACAAAUAUAUGCAGUACAGAUGCUGGACGAGAAAUAUUUGUAGCUGAGAACAAGUCAGGGGCAAGGAGGGACUUGCAAGAAUCGAACAUGGAUCCAAAGGGAUCAAACAUGGAUAAGCAGGGAUUAAAUGUUGAACAUCAUGAGACAUUGGUGGAUCAUAGAGAUGUGAUCGAAGUGACUGUUAAAGCUAUGCUUGAUGGGAAUCGAGAGCUUCUUGUAAGGGCUGCUGGCUUAGUCUAUAAUAUUUCUAUGGCAAAGGUAUGUAAGUUUUCUAUGAAUAUUUUAUUUACUUUUGUAAUGAGUGUAGUAACCCCAGUCCCCACCCCACCAACAACCCAAUAAUUAAUUUUGAAACCCUUUCAAUACAUGGUAGCUGAAUAGCUGUAUAACAAAGCUAAUCCAGUUUUAAUUUGUUUUGCUGAUGAGUGCUGUGGCUUCUACCUGGGACUAGGUAGAAGCCAGAAUUUCCUCAUCUGAAAUUGAAGGUGUGUCCGAUGAACUCACUACCAGCUUGCUCUUGAAUUUGUUGCAAAUUAACCCAUUGAGCCGCAAUGCGCCCCAGUGCACCCUACUUAAUUUGUUUACUUCUCUAAUGCCAGGCGAUUUUACUCAUUAAUGGGGAUGCUCUGCAGCUUAAUGGGUUAAUACCAUAAGAAACUGUUAAUGACAGUUUUAUUUCUUUGCAUGUUUUUGUGUCAUGUAGGUAAGUGAAGAGUCCGCACUCGAAUGUUCUUCUGCAAUUCUUGAAUGUUUGCGGAGAGAUGACCUGGAAACAAGUACAGGUGAGUUCGCUAUUGCCACUAAUGAACUAAAGGAAAAAUAAUGAUUAUUUUGGUUUGCAUGACUUCAUGUUUACCCACUUCUUUCCUUACAUAGUUUUCCAAUUUCUUUACAUAGUUUCCAUCUUCCAUUUGUAGUUUAUCAUUGCUUAUUUGCUUUGAACAAUUUUAUGAAAAUUAGUCCAGAGGUAAGAUAGUGCUUUGUAGUUGUCAGUCCAAAAUAGAACCCACCUAAAGGGUGGGGGACUGUUUUUUAUUUACUUAAUGUCCUAAAAUUUACCAUGUUUAUUUGGUAAUUUAGGGGCUGAUUACAUGGAGCGACUGACUUUCAGCCCAGCUACCCAUGCUGAAAAUUUUGACUAAGCCUAGGGUACUGUGGUCCCCCCUUUGCUAAGCCUAGGGUACCCUCUGUGGUUUCUGUUUUGCAUUUGACCAAAAUUUUUUAAUAAAACCUGUUUUUAUGAUUAUCAAUCGAAAGUAAUUGUUUUGAUGACAGGAAAGGUUUUCCUCCUUUACAUUUGACUAAUAUUUUUCAACUAUUUCUAGAUCGUGAAUUUGACAAAUUUAAUUGGAAUAGAACUGUCAAGGUUUCUUAAACUUUCCAAAUCAAUAGAAGAAAUCUGCAAUGAAUUGGAACAAUAUUUAAUUGUCUGAAGAUGAACAAGAUGUAUGUAUCUUUUCUCAAUUGUAUAUAUACAUAUAUUCUUAGAAUUUUUCUUCAUUCAAUUUAGAAAUAUUUAUAAACUAUAUCCAUAAUUUAUACGGAGGAUGCAUUUAAUUUAUUAUUUUUAUUUGUCUUAAUAUAUAUAUAUUGACCCAUAUUCAUGACCAAUAGACUGUGAUACGUGGACAAUCUCUUAACACUUGCUUACGCUGACUACAACUGACAGCCUGUACAAUAAACUGUGCUUCUUCCUGGGAUCUGGGUAGAGCCAGCUCACUGACCACAUACGACAUGGAAUAUGCCAACCCCAGAAAAACUGUCGAGGCAUCUGAAGCAAGAUGGUAGAUUUCAAAUCUCUCGUAGGGUUCAGUGUUUGAGCUGUCAUAAGUCCAUGAUAGGGUUAGCGUUAUGACAAGUGUGUUUGAGUUCAGUAUACGGCUCUUUAUCUCGCUUUCAAGACAUUUUAAUGAGGUAACCAUUGGAAGAGUUUGUCUUAAGGAAACAGCAUCAAUUAUCUAUGAUAAAACAUAUAUGUCAGUGUAUUGGCUAAUUUGCACAAUUAUAAAAAAUACAUUCUAAUUUACUAAUACAAUUUAUGAAAUAAAGAAACAACUUUGACAAACCUUUACUUCUCCGAGAUAAAGUUGAAAUGGUGUUGAAGAGCUUUCUGUUUUGGAACCUAUUGAUUGGGAUAAUGUAAAGUCAAGUAUGAUAUCUGCUGAAACCAUAUAUCUAUACACUGUUCAAAUAAGAGCCACUACUGUAUAUAUGCAAAAUAAUAUAGUAUAAUUUACCAGGAAUGGUUUUGUUCAUUAAUACCAAACGGAUUCCUUUGAUAUGAGAACCCUUUAAGUCCUUUUCUGCUAAUAAAUAGUACCUAGGAAUAUAAAUGAGUAUAAAUGUAGCACCAAUGUACAGG